AGGAUCAGGGAAAUCCCCGAGUCAUGGCCAUGCACUCGUACAUGCGCCAGGGAUCGGGAAGCGGCGGCGCAGGAGCUGCAGGAGGAUCAGCAGGAAUCGUAGCAGCUGGACAACCGCCGCUGGCCAGUCCGGAUGAGAUGCACGGCUUCCUGAAGGACAAGCAGGCCUGGGAGCAUGCCAUUUCCCUCUACCAGGGACCCGAUCCCCUGGAUCACUGGUACAACUACAUCUGCUGGUACGAAAACCACGCGCACAGCGAUCCGGAGCUCAAGUUUAGGGAGACUCUGGAACGCUGUCUCACUGUUUACGAGCACAACGACUACUAUCGACAGGAUGCCCGCUUGGUGAGGCUAUGGCUUAAGUAUAUAGCUAUGCAAACGGAUCCGCUGCACUUCUACCAGGUUUUGUUUCAACGGGGCACCGGUCGCCAGGUGGCCGCCUUUUACAUUGGCUGGGCCGCCUACUACGAGUCGCGCGAGGAGUUCAAGGAUGCCGAGGCGGUCUUUAACCUGGCCUUCCAGGAGAAGGCGCAGAGCAACUCGGAGCUGCAGCAUGCCCACACCAAGUUUAGUUAUGCUAGGUCGUUGUUUCAUCAGCGGCAGCAGCAACAGCAGCAAUUGCAGCAGCAGCAGCAGUUGCAACAACAGCCUGAUGCACUGCAGCAACUGACCAACUAUGCACAGCAGCAGAUGCCGCAGAGCUAUCCACCACAGCAGCAACACCGUCCCCAGCCAUAUCAGCAGAAUGUCUACCAGCAAUAUCAGCCGCAUCCCGUCGCACAACCUCAACAGCCGGCGGCCUAUCAGCAGGCUCACUACCAGGAGCAGCCACGCUAUGAGCCACAGCCUGCAGCAGCAGCAAUUCCCACAGCCAAUGUCCAGCAGCAGCAAUAUAAUCCAGUGGCAGAGCCUAACUACGCACCAGCGCAACAGCAACAGUUGCCGCCGCCACAACAGCCUGCAGCAACGCAACAGCAAGCGCAACAGCAGCAACACAAUGGCAAUGGCAAUCCACAGCCUGUGGUUCAACCUAGUAAUCCCCCCGUGACCAGCGAAAUAGCUGGCCUGCGUUUGCCGCGCAAUUUCCACGCCUACGGGCGCAACAACCAUGAGACCUGGAAGCCUGCUCUCACGCUCGAAGAGCCCGACGAUCCCUCGCGGGUGUGCCACUAUGCCAAGCAGUUGGUUUAUCCACCGGGAGCUGGGAUAGAGUACAGUCCCGAGGAGAUACUGGCCAGAAAGUAUAAACAGUUGAUGGAACAGAAGGCCAAGCCAGCAGCAGCAGCGGAGGAAGAAGAGCCGGUAGAACAACAGCCGCAGCAACAAACUCUUUAUGAUUCCUACGAGUCGCAGACAUCCUAUUACAUGACUGCCGUGGACGGAGCUCUUUACGGGCAGAACAACAAUAGCAGUGGUCAGGAGAAUGAAGACAACGAGGCGGAGGAGGCUGAAGAGGAGGAGGAGGAGGAAGCAGCAGGUGCUAAUGAAGAGGAUGAAUCUGAUGAGGAGGAGGACGACGACGAGGAGGAGGAGCCCAGCGAACCCUACACCAAUGGCGUGCAGUUCAGUGCGCAAACCACUUUCGAGCAGGAGAACCGCUCAAUCAAGAUCAAGUUCAAAAAGGAGCCCAGCAGCACCUACAGUGCCUAUACCAUAGAGAAUGUUUAUCAGCAUCAACAGCAGCAGCAACAACCACAGCAACAGAUAAUCCAGCAGCCACCGCCGGCAGUUCAUCCUGCGCCGCCGGAACCUGCGCCCGCUUCUCCAAUUCCCAUCCAGCGUCACCGGAACGGUGGCGGCCAUCAUCACUUUCAUCCCUACAUGCUGGGCCAGACAUCCACGCCGAAGAGCGAGGCGAACGGCUAUCGCAGGGCACGCACCAAAGUCAAGCGCAGCAAGUUCCAGCCGGAUCUCUGCAGCAACAGUAACUCGGCUUCCUCGGCGGCGGAAGCUGCCAGCUCGAGUAGUGUGGCAUUCAAUGAUAAUGCCAAUUUUUCCUUCUCCAGCGCCACCGCUUUGGAUAACUCAAAUAGCUCGCUGGCCUUGGCCGUGGAUAGACUCAACUUCCGCGAUACUUCGCAACAGCAGCAAAUCCUCCAUCCGGUCAAUAAGACCCUGCAGACGCACACCACGAACAAUAAUAAUAACACCAGCAACAAUAAUAAUGGCAAUAGCACUUUGGCCGACUUCUCCACGUUCCAGGAGAACUCGUACUUUGCCACCCAGCACGAUACGGAGGCUCAGGAGCGGCGGCUCUCGAAAGCCGUCGAGACAAUUGCUCGCCACAUGGCCAAGGAAGCCAUCGAUCCUUUUAAUAGCGAACUGUGCCGCGCCUUCCUGGCCAAGCUGGACUUUCCGGGCGAUCAUGACGCGCAUGCCAGCUACAAGAUUGUGCAAACACUACUGCCAAAAAUAUCCAACACUCGCACGCUGAAUGUCCUCGAAGGCGUGACCUUUAACAUUGACAAGGAGGUGGGAAGAGGAUCCUACGGAUCGGUUUACAAAGCCACCGACUCCCGCACCGGCAAUGUGGUGGCCCUCAAGUACCAGAAGCCCCCAAACACCUGGGAAAUCUACAUAUGUGAUCAGGUGCUGAAACGCAUCACAGACCCGGAGGUGUUGCCCGGCCUGAUGGACAUUUCCACGGCGAUCAUCGCCCCGAAUGCAAGCCUAAUAGCCACCGAGUUCUCGCCGUUCGGCUCGCUGCUGGACAUCAACAACAAGAUCCGGCAGGCCACCACCAAGGUGAUGCACGAAUCGCUGGUGAUGCACUUCUCGGCGCAGAUCUGCAACAUCGUGGACCACCUGCACCGGCAGCACAUCAUCCAUGCGGACAUCAAGCCGGACAACUUCCUGCUGAUGCGUGUGCCCAAUGUGGACAGUUCGCUGCCAUCGCUGCGGCUGAUUGACUUUGGUUGCGCCAUCGACAUGACCCUCUUUCCGGACGCGGAGCGCACCAAGUUCCGCAAGGUGGUGCAAACGGAUGGCUUUACCUGCAUCGAGAUGCAGGAGGGACGCAGUUGGUCCUACGAAACGGAUCUCUUCUGCAUUGCGGCCACCGUGCAUGUGAUGCUCUUCGGCGACUAUAUGCAGCCGCAGAAGAAGGGCUCCAGCUGGGAGAUCCGACAGAAGCUGCCGCGCUACCUCAAGAAGCAUGUGUGGACCAAGUUCUUUGGCGAACUGCUCAACAUGGAGGCGGACAAGCUGCCGGCGCUGCAGGAGAUGCGGCUGAUCUUUGAGGAGGAGGCCUAUCGCAUGGACUCGGAGCUGCAGAAGCAGAUACGCGCCUUGUCCAACAUUCUGCAUCGACGAUAACCUAGCUAUUCCUAUUACUUCUUAUUUUUAUUCUUAUUCUAUUGUUUUGUAAGUACAACGCUGUUGACCAAGUCACCCGAUUUAUUGUUUGAGCUUUCAAUCUAGCACCAUUUCCACUCUUUGAAGAACAGAAAAUCUAAAUAAUUUGACUUUUUCGGCCACUGAAAAGUUUUACCUUAGCUUAGUUCUCUGACAAACAAACACUCUUUUUGCCUAACUCUUAAUAUUUAAUCUUUCUAACUUUAUUUAUUGUUUCGAUGCCAAAAAAAGGAAAACAGGAAAGUAGAAGAGCACAUUGUACGCUACGAAAUUCAAAAUCUAUGUAAAUAUUAGGCACAGACUCGAUCAAAACGAAAAUUGGCGAAAUGAGUUUGUGAAAAGAAAACUAAAACCCUGGAUUUAAAAUGUAAUUUUUUGAUGUACAGCUAAGAACAACAGUAUAUUGAAUGCAAUGUAAAAAAGAAACGAACAUACAUAUGUUUAAGAUUAAAACUUGCUGUACUAUUCUAUUGAGUAAUAUAUAAAGAACUUUAAAUGAUAGUGAAUAAAUUGACGAAAUGUUAAAGCAACGAAAAAAAA